AUGACAGAUCCUACUGAUCAACCAAAUGAAACAACCACAAUGAGUGAUCUCGAUAGUAGCAAUAAUAAUAAUGAAAGUCAAUCAGCUACUACUCUAUUCCCAGAGGUCGCUCCUUAUUAA